CUGGAGGGGUUGACAAGGCGGAGCUGGGGCCAUGCAAUCUGUCGGGGCAUGACAUGGCCAGACCACGUUGGCAAACCACCAAAAUCACCACCAGCACCACACGAGCACACUGCAGCCUCGCGAUCUCCGAAAUCCCCGCGCAAUGCGAUAGUAGCUGGCAAUUUAUUUCCUAGCAUCUCCGUCAACGAUCCCCACCGCCGAAAUGCCCUCCCUUCUCGUCGCCAUCUUUGUCGUCGAGGUGGUGGUCAAUGUCAUCAACGCCAUCGGAGCUACCGCCAUCAACAACCUGCUAUGGACGCUGAUCAACUUCCUCCCCGUCCCGACCUCGAAGGCUGCCGGCGAACAGCGCAAGCUCCAGGCCGACUACCUCAAGGUCCGCCGGGACCUCAACGCCACGAGCAGCCAGGACGAAUUUGCAAGGUGGGCAAAGCUGCGCCGGCAGCAUGAUAAGCUGCUGGAACAGCUGGAGAACAAGAAGAAGAGCACGGAAGCCGCGCGAUCCAAGUUCGACACCUACCUGACGGGAGUCCGACUGGUGCUGACCCGAGCACCGCAAUAUUUCCUGCCGUUCUGGUACGCCACGGAGCCCAUGUUCUGGCUGCCGCACGGCUGGUUCCCCUACUACGCCGAAUGGAUCCUGUCGUUCCCCCGCGCGCCCAUCGGCAGCGUCAGCAUUGCUUCAUGGCAGUUGGCAUGCACUGGCGUCAUUGCCUUGUUCAGCGACCUGAUCAUGGGCAUCAUCGGCCUGGCAAUGAGCUCGAAGCAGAAGGAGGUUCCUCUUGCAGCCAAGCCCGCGGCCGAGAAGAAGAGCGGCGGCGCUACUUCCACAGAAAAGAAGGAAUUAUAGAUGGGCAUCAUGUACAUAGCAGAUACGUAGGCAUCCGCAUGGAAUGGAAAAUUGCUUGACCAGACC